CCACAUUUCUUCCAAUAAGGGAGUGUGAAGUUAGGGAGGAUAAGCUCGAUGAGAAGGUAAGCAAAUUAAAAGAAAUUAAUCAAAUCCUAUUUUUUUCUGCAAUUUCUUUUUGAUUAAAUUCCCGACAUUCACUAUAGUCGCAUUAAAUUAAAUCAAAUUAAAUUAAAAUAUCUACCCCCUUCUAAAAUUCUUUUUAUCUCUCUCAAUUAUGAUUCGUUCAUCUCCCUUUCACUCUCCUUUUUAACACCUCAAAACCUCAGUUCUAAGAAGCGGCGGAGAUGGCGGUUUCUGAUGCAGUAAUUGGCAAUUUAACGACGAUCUACGUGGCAGUGAUCGCAGUAAUUAAGGCGUACUGUCUGGUAUGUGGACAGAGUUUCAGCGGCGGAAUUGUGCUGAUUUUGUCUACUACUGUUGUUGGUUUGAUCUUGAUUGGCUCGCUUACAUGGGACGUUUCUCGAAAAGCUACGUAUGCAAUUUCGCGAGAUCAUCACAAUAACAAUUUCCAUUCUCACGAGAUGUGUAAGGGCGGAAUUUGCUGGCAUGGAGUGGCCGUCCGGUCGCCGGCUUCUCAGGUCCGAUUCAGACUGCCUCAACAUCAGCAGCAGAAUCACUACGCCCCUCUAUGAAUUGAAACCGCAAUUUAAUUAUAAGGGGGAAAUUGGAGAAGAAUAGUUUUGCUUACGGUGUUUUUGUAGAUUUUGGGGGUUUUGUUAGAUAAAAAGAAAAAUUAGAGAUAUAUCAAUAUUAAGAAUGUGCAUAAAUAAUCAAAAAUUUGAUACGUUUUGGUUGGUCAUCCAUGUUUUAAGUUGUUGUUAAUAGAGGUGAAUUGGAUGCUCUUUGCUCU